AUGGCAUUGAUUGAUGCAACAAAAACAAAUGUAGAUGACCAUUUCCUUCAUGCAGUAUUGGAAGACAGUAAUAAGCCUGCAGAAUUCAGUAGAAGUCUAGGCACUGGUGAUUUUUCCAGGAUCAGUAACAACAGCAUUGGAAGUAUUGAUUAUAGCAGAACUCAAGGUUCAAGUAGAAACUUUAGUUCUCAUUGUGAUUAUUCAGAAGAUUUUAUCUCUGAAUAUUCUGGAACAGCUGGUAACAGCAAUUGUUUAGAGCUGUUUGAGACAAAAGUAAAGAAGGAAGAGAAGAUAAAGAAAAAUGUUUGUAAAGUCUCCCAACCUAAAGGAUUCAAGGAAAUCUCACCUGAAAAACUGCAGAACUGGAACACAGCUUUAACUUCUCAAAUUAGUAUCAUUACCCAAAGAAGGGAUGCUAUGACUCAUCGCGUAAUGUCAGCAAGGCUUCAUAAGAUUAAGGAACUGAAAAAUGAAUUAGCUGAUAUUCAUCGUAAACUAGAAGCAACUGUCUUAGAAAACCAACUGUUGAAACGACUUCAUUUCAGGCACUUGAAAGCAAUAGGAAAAUAUGAAAAUUCACAAAAUAAUUUACCCCAGCUUAUGGCUAAACAUCAAAGUGAAGUAAAAAAUCUAAGGCAACUUCUUAGAAAAUCUCAGGAGAAAGAAAGAAAUGUGUCCAGGAAACUUAGAGACACUGACAGUGAGUUGUUAAAAACCAAAGAUUCCUUGCUAACAUUGCAGAAACUUUCUGAAGACAAAAAUCUUGCAGAGAGAGAAGAACUUACACAAAAAUUAUCUGCCCUUACCACAAAAAUGGAGGCAAAUGACAAAACAAUACAGAGCUUAGAAAGACAGCUGAGAUUGAACAGUAAUGCCUUUAAUCGUCAAUUAGCUGCUGAAAACAGAAAGACUAUAACUGCCAAAACUGCUACAAAGAACCUUCAAAUGGAAGUAAAACGCCUUCAACAAAAACUUAAGGAAAAAGAUCGAGAACUUGAUAUAAAAAAUAUAUAUACUAACCGGUUCCUUAAAAAUUUAUGUGACAAAGAUGAGCAAACAAAAGUUUCUCCACCAACCAAAUCCAUACAAACAGAAAAGAAAAACCAUCUGUUUCCAUAUCUAGUUCCACGUCAAUUGAAGCAAAAUACAGAAGACAGUAUAUCUCUGCCAAAUAAGGAGGUAAAAUCCACAGGAAAUGAUCCUAAAAAAGAAAAAUCAAUCUAUUUUAAUCGUGAAGUAAUCCAUGAUAUCAAUAAAUUACCAAAUGAGGAUCCUGAAAAAAUGUACAAAGAUUUACUAAAGGAAGACAUACACAUACAAAUACCGCUGGAGAGUAAUGGAAUGCAAAGAGAGAAAAAAGAAGAUCUAGAAAAGAAACCUAAUUUGCUGAAAGAAGAACAAGGGACAACAGCAAAAAUAGAACAUAAAAUUAUUCCGUUAACGGAAAGCAAUGAACAUCAUAAUGUAGGAAAAGAAAGGUUUAAAAUUAGUGUAUCAAUGCAUGACAUAGAUGAACUGCAUAAUAAAUAUGUGAUUCAAAAUAGCAGAAUUCCACUUAGGCAAAGAAAACCUUACUCUUUCACAGAAGCCACUGAAAACUUGCAUAAUGGAAUUCCUACUUCAGGUACAUCUUAUUUAGGUGCCACCUACAACAGUCAAGUUGCAAACAAGCAACAAGGUAAUACAACUGACCCACAGAUAGAAAAUUCAAUUAGUAGAUAUGAAUCAUCAUUUGGUAAAUCUUCCAAAACAAAAGUAAAAGAUUCAUCAAGUGAAAAGAAUGAAAACUCUGUAAAUACAUCUUUGAGGGAUAAGAAAAACAAUCUGAUGGAAGAACUCUUUGGAUCAGGUUGUGUCUUAAAAAACAAUCCCACAAAUACUGAUCUUAAAUCAUCUAAUAAAGAAAAAGAGGGUUUGGACAAUGAAAGGAUGCAUGAUAAUUAUCGAUCUACAGCCAUUAAUGCUUUUGGAGAUUCUAAGUAUGCCAUCAUAACUUAUAGCAGCUUAUGUCAGAACAACCGAAGGAAGAAUUCCUCUGUAGCAGAAACAGAUGAGGGCAGUUUGAAAAGGAACAACAAAACCAGGAAAUGACUCUGCAGCUAAAAGUUGCUUUUGUCAAAGAAAAUGUACAGCGAUUGCCAAGUGUUGGCCUUUCAGAAAUUUCCCUUAUCUGACUAAAAUGGACAUCAUAUUUUAUGAAUAUGAAAACUCA